AUGACUAAUGUGUAUGCCCCGUACGGGCCCGUGCCCACCAGCGUGGGCGUCACCGCCUCGCCCCGACUCAAUGGAUCGCUCGACCGCCGGGCCAUCGUGGGCCGCGCCGCCACCAUGGGCCGCUCGGCCACCUUGGGCCGCACCUACUCGGGCCACAUCCGCCCGCACCCGCCGGCCAUGGGCAGCUCCUGCGUGCUGCGCGGCUCCAUGGAGAGCUUCCCGCCGCUGCCCGCCACCACGCUGGAGCGCCGCAGGAACGGCGGCCUCGUAUCGGGCGCGUGCAGCGUGCACGGCGGGACCCUGAGCCGCCCCGCCAGCAGGGCCGGCUCGCGCUACGAGCUGGCGGAGGAGCGGCGUGGCGGCUGCUGUCGCCGCGGCUGCUGCACGCUCACGCUCUCCAUCAUCGCCUGCCUGCUCAUCCUGGGCGGCGUGAUCGUCGCGCUCUACUUCUUCAUUAAGAAUGUUCCCUACGAACCUCGGCCGCCCAUCCAGGAAGUGCGCAACCCGUGCCAGGGGCGGAAGUGCCAUCACGGUGCCGUCUGCGUGGUCGAAGGAGGGACGCCCCAGUGCCAGUGCCCGGCGGAGUGCCACAUGUACAACGGGGCGGCGGCGGCGAAUUCGAGACCUGUGUGUGGCUCUGACGGCAAGGACUACCCGAAUGCCUGCCAGUUGCACAAACACGCUUGCAACACGCAGAGGCACCUCGAAGUCAAGUACCUGGGCAAGUGUGACCCCUGCUCUGACGUGACGUGCCCCGAGCGACAGAUCUGCCAGCUGGACCGCGAGAGGAAGCCGAGCUGCCGUUGCAACGACGUGUGCAACAAGGACUACGACCCCGUCUGCGCCUCCGAUGGGAAGACGUACACGAACGAAUGUGCAAUGAAGGUGGAAUCGUGUAAGAGCCGAAAUAAUCGCUCAUCAUCCUCUACGCGGCGGCUCCUGUGA